AUGCGCCCGGCCAUGCGCAAGGUCGACCCGUCCAAUGUAGGACCUCCCCAGGUCAUCUUUUCAGGCAUUCAACCAACAGGAGUGCCGCACAUCGGCAACUACCUAGGGGCCCUUCAGCAAUGGGUCAAACUCCAGGAUGAAGCGAGCCCGAAGACGACAUUGCUCUUCUCAAUCGUCGACUUGCACGCUAUUACCGUAAACCAGAACCCCCGGCAACUUCGAAACGCAUGCCAUCAGAUGUUAGCAGCGCUCCUCGCCGUCGGGCUGGACCCGAAGAGGAGUAUUAUCUUCUUCCAGUCCGACGUCGACGCCCAUGAGAAGCUGAUGUGGAUACUGAGCUGCCGGGCUCAGAUGGGCAAUCUGUCUAGGAUGACGCAGUGGAAGGCAAGUAGCAAGCUGAAUCUCUCAGACAACGCUCCGCCGGUCGAAGCCCUCUUGAAUACCGAACUCGAGCUUGGCCUCUACUCAUACCCAGUCCUACAAGCCGCGGACGUCCUCGUCCACCGCGCCACACACGUGCCCGUAGGACACGACCAAGCACAACACCUAGAAUUUGCCCGCAAAUGUGCGCGCACAUUCAACCACCGCUACGGGACCAUCUUUCAGCUCCCUGAAACCAUCCUGUCGCCCGCAAAGCGCGUCAUGUCUCUCACGCAGCCCCAUCUCAAGAUGUCGAAAUCGCACCAGGACCCGCGAUCCCGAAUCCUGAUCUCGGACUCGACGGAGGAGAUAGCGCAGAAGGUCAAGACGGCCUUGACUGAUUCUAAUUCUGGUGUCUCGUACGAUCCGGUCAAGCGGCCUGGCGUGUCUAAUUUGAUAGAAAUCAUGCACCACUCCCGCGCAGAUGGCGCUUCUUGCGAGGAUAUAGCGCGGGAUUGUGAGAACCUGACGAUGCGCGCUUUCAAGGAGCAAGUGGCCAAGUGCAUUGAUGAGCAUCUCGGCGAGAUCAGGCAGCGGUACGAGGAACUUGUGGGUAAGGAGAAAGAGGGAUAUCUGCGGGAAGUAGCGGAAUCUGGGGCUAUGAGGGCGCGAGAAAGUGCAGCCAAAACCAUGCACCUUGUAAGAGAUGCCGUAGGUCUCGGAGGGUUUCAGUCGUUUGUGAAGAAGCUCGAUUGA